UCAAAUCCAGAUCUCACGGUGUCCACGUCUCUAGAUUUUAUCCCGCAUUUUCCGAACUUGUAUCUUUUCCCUUCACCGCGAUUAAAUUUACUUUUUUGGACAAAAUGUUUAUUUUCUUUUGUGAGCAAACUGCCUGCACAAAAAUCAAUUCUAGUUUUUCCUUCUCCAAGCUUGACGAUGAAACAGGAUAUAUUUUUAAAAAUAACUUGGAUAAAAAAUCAACCAAACUUUCAUCUCUAAUUAUUAAUGAUCCCCCUCCCUUCUCAUCUAAAUAUGCCUCCUAACCCUGAAAAUGCAUGGCAUAUAUCCUUAUUGCACCCCGAGCCUAGAAACAGCUGAUGAACCUUGCCGUAGGCUGGUGAAAGUUUGAGAGUUGGUUGUAAUGGUUUCCCCUGACGUUGGCUUCUCUGUGACCAGGUGUGUUAAACUCAGUUUGAUUGGACAAACCAUCGGAGAAACACACUAGGAGAAGGGUCCCGGAGAACCCGGAGUAAGAACUCAAUCCUCGCUGUCACAAAAACCGAAGACAAAGAAACGUUCUAAGAAACAUAGAACACUUUUCCCUGGAUGAAGAUGAAGGCAGGACGGAGUAGGAUGGUUUCAGAAACCCUUGAAAUACUCUAAUUUCGGAGACAGAAACUUGACGAGACCGUGUUGAAUCCUGAUCCAAGAUGGAGGACGGAACUGAUCCUUCUGCUGAACUAAUCCAGCUCUCUUCCUCCUCCUCCCCCUACGGCAGCCUAGAUGGGUUCACCAUCGACCGGAAGAUCGGGAAGGGACAGUUUAGCGUGGUGUACAGAGCCAAAGCUGUACACAACCACGAGACGGUGGCGCUGAAGAAGGUUCAGAUAUUUGAGAUGAUGGAUAGUAAAGCUCGACUAGACUGCAUGAAAGAGAUUCAGCUGCUGCAGCAAUUGGACCAUCCUAACGUUAUCAAGUACCUGGCGUCCUUUAUACAGGACAACGAGCUCAACAUCGUCCUUGAGCUGGCAGACGCUGGGGACCUCUCCAGGAUGAUCAAGCACUUCAAGAAACAGAAGCGACUUAUCCCGGAGAGGACGAUUUGGAAAUAUUUCGUCCAGCUCUGCUCGGCAUUAGGACACAUGCAUUCGAAACGAGUUAUGCACAGAGAUAUAAAACCUGCAAAUGUUUUUAUCACCGCUGAGGGAGUAGUUAAACUUGGAGAUCUGGGACUAGGACGUUUUUUCUCCUCUAAAACCACAGCUGCUCACUCCCUGGUUGGGACACCCUACUACAUGUCUCCGGAGCGGAUUCAUGAACACGGAUACAAUUUCAAGUCGGAUAUCUGGUCCCUGGGAUGUCUCCUAUAUGAGAUGGCUGCUCUGCAAUCUCCGUUCUAUGGAGACAAAAUGAAUCUUUACUCCCUUUGCAAAAAGAUUGAACAGUGCGACUACCCUCCUCUGCCAUCAGACGAAUAUAGCGAGGAGCUGAGAGACCUUGUUGCUGCUUGUAUCAACCCGGAGCCAGAUAAACGUCCCGAUAUCGAGUAUGUUCACAGUAUUGCCAGAGAAAUGCAUUCAAAAACCCAACCCCCCGCUAGUGCUGUUAGUACCUACAGCUAUGAUCCGUCCCUCCAGGAUUCAAAUGCCGCGCUGUCGGAGAACUUUAAGAAGAUCAGCUUGGAGGAGAAAUAGGACAGUGCACAGACUAGGAGCCGGAGACCCCGCGUAGAGAAAGUAGCUCAGGAAGCUUGGAAUCUAUUCCAGUUCACAUCCAAUACAUCCAAUACUAAGAGAAGAAUUUCCUUUAGCUCUGAGAAUAGUUCUAGAAAAUCCUCCGGAGAUAGAGAUUCAUCUAGAAUCCGAAAGAAGGAUCGUUCAAGGAGACGUACGCUUAAACAAACCUCCAGUGCUCCGAGUAUAGGAAAACAUUCCGAAGAACCUGGACGGAGGAUAUCAAGUACUCCGACCUCGGCAGUAAACUGGUAUUCAGGAGAUCUUGAAGCCUCACAUAGUCUCAGGGGAGGAAUAGCCUUCCAGUAACCUGAGCCUAAUCCUUGAAUCCUAAUCCUAGUCUCUCUUCCUCCUAGUCUGUGCAGAAGAACAAGAAGGCUGUGUUUAAAUAUGUAACCCUGUGAUUUUUCCGUCCUCCGUCAUAUAUUACAAUUUUCACGGAGAAUUAUUUUUUUCUCGUUAUCCGCUUUAUUUCAGCCACCAACGGCCUUCCUCCUAUACUACUACUAUACCUAGAGCUGCUGGUUGCUGAGAUACUCGGAUUAUUCUAAAACAAUAAUAAAAGUUAACUAUUGAUGA